UCGACUGCAAGCAAGACAACGGCUACUGUACUAGCUCCACUCCACCUGCGACGGCAAACCGAUGAAGCCCACCACCCUCGGCCCAACCUUCCAGAACCCCGCCGCCGACAAGCCUGAUGCCACCGCCGGUGGCGUGCUCUGGCCGUCCCGGGUAUGCUACCUCGUCGCUCUCGCCACCACUCUCUGGGCCGUGGCAUCCAUUUUGUUCCCGCCGACGCCGUUCUCCCUCCCCCUGCUGCCCAGCGUCACCGUCACCCAGCACCCUCCACGCGAGCCGCCGCCGCCGCCGGUGCUCGCCGGGCAAGCUAUGCAGGCGCCGUCCCCGAAGUCAAAUCGAGCUGACGGCCGACCGCUGCGCGGGGCGGUACAUCUACGUGUACGACUUGCCACCGCGCUUCAACGACGACAUCGUCCGCGGCUGCCGCGCGCUCCGGCCGUGGAUGGACAUGUGCCCGUACAUGCCCAACUGCGGCAUGGGCCGGCCGCUGGGCGCCGAGGGAGGCGCCUUCCCGGGCCCCGGUUGGUACGCCACCGACCAGUUCAUGCUCGACGUCAUCGUCCGCUGCCGGAUGCGGCGCUACGAGUGCCUCACCCGCGACCCCGCCCGCGCCGCGGCCGUGUUCGUGCCGGCCUACACCAGCCUCGACGGCGGCCGGUACCUCUGGAACGGCACCGCGACGCGGGACGCGCUCGCGCUGGACCUCGUCGCGUGGCUGUCGCGGCGCCCCGAGUGGCGCGCCAUGGGCGGCCGCGACCACUUCCUGGCGGCCGGCCGGACCGCGUGGGACUUCCUGCGGAAGACCGACGACGGCGGCGACUGGGGCACCAAGCUGCUCCGCCUCCCGGCCGUCCGGAACAUGACGGCGCUCGUCCUCGAGAUCGACCCGUGGAACCAGUCGACCACCCUCGCGGUGCCUUACCCGACCUACUUCCACCCGGCGACGGCCGCCGACGUGUGCGCCUGGCAGGAGAAGGCGCGCGCGGCGGAGCGCAGGUGGCUCUUUUCGUUCGCCGGCGCGGCGCGGCCCGGGAGCAAGAAGACCGUCCGCGCCGAGAUCUUCCAGCAGUGCGGCGCGUCGAGCCGCUGCGGGAUGUUCCGGUGCACGAACGCGUCCGACUGCGAGUCGCCGGCGGCGCCGGGCGCCGUGAUGCGCCUGUUCGGGAGCUCCAGCUUCUGCCUCCAGCCGCGCGGGGACACGCCGACGCGGCGGUCCACGUUCGACGCCGUCCUGGCCGGGUGCAUCCCGGUCUUCUUCCACCCGGACUCGGCGUACACGCAGUACACGGCGCACCUCCCGCCGGAUCCCGAGAGCUGGUCGGUGCUCAUCAUGCACACCGACGUGACGGGCCGGAACGUGAGCAUCGAGGAGACGCUGAGCAAGAUCCCGCCGGCGGCGGUGAAGGGGAUGCGCGAGGAGGUCAUCCGGCUCAUCCCGAGGUUGGUGUACGCGGACCCGAGGUCGACGCGCGUCGACUUCAAGGACGCGUUCGACAUCGCGGUGGAGGCAGUCCUCGAUCGAGUGGCCAAGCGGCGUCAGGGCGAUGUCGUCGACGGCGAGGGACGCUGAUGGACCGGUGGCUGGCGAGGGGAUCUCAUCAGCUGUCUCGACUCUGCCACCGUCACGUGGAAUCCCCUCAUCGAUGGCGACGUGCGCGCACGCAUCUAGGAGCAUACGGAUGGCACUUCGACGCGUGUCUUCCUGCCAUGCGGCAUGGCUACCGGCGGAGUGGCGCGCUCUGCGGAGCAGCCCUGGGCAUUCGUUUUUAAAACUUGGUUUGGUUUUCUCUUUAAGGCCUUCUUUUAGAAAAACAUGAUAUUUUUGUCCUUUUUUUGCAAUCCAAUUGAUGCGUAUAUUGUCAUUGUGAAGGAAUGACCUUAUGCAAACUAGCUCUAAAGAAGAUUUUUGU